UCUGCCCCCAAAAUCUACCACAACCAGAAGCUCCACAGCCUUCCGUGGGCAAGGCAAUGGCGCCCGUGGAUCUGGGAGCAGGCUACGUGUUCCAACCCUGCGGCCGUCAGCUCGUCGACGGCUUCCUCAUCCCCGGCCUCAUCGACGAGGGCGUGGACGUCUUCUCGCUGCGCCCGCGCGCGCUCCCCUUCUGGCGCAUCCACAGGAGGCACGACGGCGAGGUGUGGGGCUUCUUCUUCGCGGACCGGCCCGCCGCCGGCAAGAAGUGCCCCGCACCGGGCGGGUGCUGGGUGCGGCACGGCCGCGAGAAGGCGUACUACGGCCAGGACGGCGGCAGCGGCGGGGAGCCGGUCGCGUUCAUGCGCAGGUUCGCGUACCGCAUCACGUGGAAGGGCGGCGCGGUGUCGGCGCCGACGCGGUGGCAGAUGAAGGAGUACCGGCUCAACACGGACGCGGCAGCCUUCCGCGCCGCGCACCCCGACCCCGAGGCGGCGGGCGUGGUCUUCGUGGUCCACAAGGCCUUCAGGAAGGCGGCGCUCUCUCCGCCGCGGCCGCCGCCCGUCUACUGCAGCGAGAGCGAGGAGGAGGAGGAGGUGGUGGACCAGGAACUCGAUGAGUUGGUGCUAGACCUGCGGGCGCUCACGGAGGGGAAAUAGGGUGGCCUCGCUCGCCGGCGCGGCCGAGGAGCGGUGGUGCACCUCCUGCUGUGGAUGUGGAGUACGUACAGGCAGCGGUACAGGUGUAGCAUACUAGCAUUACGCAACUGCAUGUCGAUUUCUUCAGAGCUGUUGCAUCUGUGGUUUUCAGUUUUCGGAUUGCAAACUCGGUCUAGUCGAGGAUUGGUUGAUUGGUUCGUGUCGUCCCAAGCACAAUUUAACCAUUCAGGAGGUAAAUCCUUCAAGAAACUAGUGAGUGUCUCUAUACAUAUUUGUUCAUACAUCACUUGAAAGCACCAAAACAUAGUGCAUAAUCUUGUAGAGGUGAGAAAUGCUUCUCCAUUUGUUUGUUCGGUGCAGAAGUGCUGCUGACUGGAUGUAUUGCAAGAUUGCAGUGAUUUCUUCAGGGUUGCAAGAGUUCUUUUGGGCAGCACUUUGGUGUGUUAGCUAGUUUCAGUUUACAAGGCCAAGUUUCUGAUAGUCAUUGCACUUCAACUUCCAUUUCGUAAGGACCAAGUUUGUACUUUGUAGUUUCAGCAACAGCAAA